GCCACGAAUCAGCCUUCCUCUUCUGCUUCAUUCUCUACUUCCUUUCUUGAACCCCUUCUUGUUUGCAUUCCUUUUCUUCAUUCGAAUUUCAUCAAAAUAACAGUGAACACUUCUCCUCCGCGAAUCCUCUUCACACACCGCAUGGCAGCUGCAUGGUCCUGGAAGAGAAGACACUGGCCAACAGCCCUCCUUGUCCUCUGUGCCCUCCUCGUUCAAGUCCACGCCUUCUUCCACGUCGAGCAACACAGCGACAAUAACAACCAGAACAACCCUGAUUCUGAUAGCAACACUCAAUUCGACACUCAUUCCAACACCAAUACUCGUUACUCCCUCUCUCGACAGGAACACCUCCACCAGACCACCUGUGUCUGUCUUCAACAGGACAACCCCGCAGCACUUGACCACUAUCAGCAAUGCUCUAGCCAUCCAUAUCCAUUCUGUCUUCAUGACAGAGUCCAGCCCGGUCUUCUUGGAGAAGGAAGCAGACAUUUCAUGUCCUUAGAGCCUGAGAGUGGCAAGAACGAUGGCCAUCACAUUAUCAUCUCAGAUGCUGGAUCGGCAAAUCAAAACGACGACGAGACACGAGCGAUGGGCGUUAGUGCACCAGGCGCUACAGACAAUAAUCCUGAUCACCAGGCCAGCCCGACCAACCAACCAGUUUCAGGCCCAACAAUUGUCAGUUCAACCGUUGUAGUGUAUCCGCAGAACCAGGGAGCUUCAACAGUAAUGCAAAUCUAUGAUUCACAUUCAAUACCUAAUGGAGUCGACACCAACCAGGCACCCAUAACAUCAGAUGCUGCACAUGUGAACAUAGUCAUCAACAGCUCUACCUCGACGCUAUCAGAGCCUCCAGUGGCCUCGAUCCACCACCCUUCUUCAACAAUAGCUGUCUCAACCGCAACUUCAGCAACACCAACGCCGACAAGUCAACAUCAGACUGAGCGACACAUACCUUCAUACGAGCAAUGGCGUAAACAGGUUCUCGAAAAGAAGAAGCCAGCAGAUCCCAAUGAACGCAAGUUGCGGAAACGAAAGCCUUAUCAGGAGAACGCUGUCGAUGUCGCCAUCGGUGGAGAAGACGAGCUGGGCUUUGUCUUCCCGAACAUGGACAACGGAAGCGGCAGUGGAAAGGGCGGAGACGAUCGGUUUCUACACCCAUCAGAUCAGCUCGGAAACGGUCCAGAUCUGAAACGAGAUGCUAGCAAGGACAAGGAGUGGAUCAAAUCUGAGUACGCAAAGGAUCCGAAGGACCGGUUCAACCAUGCCUCGGCCACCUGUGCCGCAAGUGUGGUCAAGGCUAGCAAAGACGCGACGAGUAUCAUGGCAAUUUUGAACGAGGGCAAGGACAAUUACAUGUUGAACAAAUGCUCCACCAAGGACAAGUUCUUUGUCGUGGAGUUGUGUGAGGAGAUUCUGGUCGACACAUUUGUUCUCGGCAACUACGAGUUUUUCUCCUCUACCUUCAAGGACUUUGUCGUCUCUGUCAAUCGAUAUCCGCCAAGAGACGACGGCUGGAGCAUCCUUGGACAUUUUCAAGCCAGAAAUACCAGAGAUGCCCAGGUGUUCAAGCCAUCUGUGCCACAAUUGGCCACGUAUAUCCGAUUCGACUUUUUGAGCCACUACGGCAACGAAUACUACUGUCCCGUCACCCUCCUACGUGUUUAUGGUGCCACAGCCCUGGAGCAACUUAAGCAAGAAGAAGAAGAGGAAAAAAGGCAGGCGGAAGAGGAAAAGCGAUUGGCUGCGCUGGAGAAGGCAAGGCAAUCAGCUGCAGAAGCUGAUGAUGCGGAUGAUACAGACGAGACAGAAGUAGUUGAGGCAGAAGGAUCCAGCUCCACUGAGGCAACAAGGACCGGCGUCGCAGUGCCUACCCAGGAAACUGUGAUCGAAGAAAGUCAUCAUGCAACGCAUAAUGAGAAAAUGGAAACCGCAACGACUUUAAGGGAGCUCGAAACGUCUACAACGACUGGCGACUCGGUAACCCCUACAGAGACAAGCCUUGACUCCCACACUACAUUUCCUCAGGAUAAGGAGCAUGACGAUCAUGGAGCCAAUAAAGAACCUGGCGAAGAGCAUCCUUACCUGGACCAUCCAGUGACGGAUUAUCCUCCCCUCAUGUUUCAAGAAGGAUCUGGUACUGGGACAGAAGAUCCACUCACUCACUGGGAGGAGUCGGCUGCGGGCCAUGCCGUGCCAUCGGAUACUAUCCUAAAGUCAUUCGAGGAGACAACCACAACAUCCACAGAGCACUCCCUGCCGACGGGAGUUUUGCCGCCGCCGGCUUCGACAUCUCCAGCCUCGAUGCAGGACGACGCAGGCCGGAAGAACGCGGGCCUAGGUAUGGUGAUGCUAUCACCCAAGGCUAGACCGGGACAGCUCCCAAGGCCGCCAGGCGCGUCGAAACCAGUCUCAGCUGGUGUAGGAACAACCACCGGUGGAGCCUCCUCUGCAGGAGAAGCAUCUUCACAGUCGUCUCCAUUUCCAUCUCCACAGCACUCUUCUCAGGAGAGCGUUUAUAAGAACAUUGUUAAUCGUCUCAAGGUGCUGGAACUCAACUCUUCCCUGUCGUAUCAAUAUCUGGAGGAGCAGAGCAACAUCUACAACGACGUUCUGGAAUCGAGUGAACAAAAGAUUAAUCAGCUAGUGAGCCAUCUGAACGAAGCAACCCGUCGCCUUGAAACUCUGGGACGGAAAUACGAUCAACUGGCAUAUAGUUACAGGGCACAUGUGGAGGUGGAUGGAGAGAAGCGUCGCCAGGAUUUUAUCAACUUAUCAUCUCAAGUUCAUCUUCUUGGAGCACAGAUCAUGUUCCAGCGUCAGCUCUUUGUCGUUGGCGCCAUCACUAUUUUCUCGAUUAUUGCCUCUAUUGCCAUCACGAGGAGCACCACUAUGCAUUAUGCCAUCCAGCAUUCUCCCCUAGGUGAGAAACUCCGGGCUAUCUCAGGACACAGACGCCAAGGACAACCGAAUGAUAUUGCUUCCUCCGUCAGGAUUGGGUCCGUCGAGGGCCUCAGUCAGUUUGACCAAAAAUCGCUUCUCUUCCAACGCGCGGGUGAACGACGAGACAAUUUCAUGGGCAAGGGCACCAAACUGACCCCACUGAUUUCACCAAUGUCACCACUGACACCUGAUCCAAAUCAUGCUGCCCAGUCCAGGCUCUUGGACGAGUGCGAGUCUAAGGAUUCUUUCCUACCGGACUCAGGCACUUCACUUCAGAACGAGAAUACUAGUGACAGGUCUUAUUCUAGAGAGAAUGGCUUGCCACAUCCUGGUUCAGAAUUGAGCUCCUCCAUGCGCCCAGUCACAUCACCCGAUAUGAACCCGCCGUCAGACCCACCGCUCGAUCGAUUCACGGUCUCGCGUACUCCUUACCCGACGCCGAAGAACAGCUAUGGACCAAGUCGACUUUUCUUGCACCCGAACAACAGCAGUUCAUCACAGCGGCCAUCAUUCCCUAACGACUACAGGCCAGAUUCACCUGUAUUCCAAGGGCCGUCCAGUGUACAUGAUGACGGACAGCUCUCGGAUGCAGACGUCGCUUACAUGUCACGGGAUAUGAAUGUCGGGCGCAAAAGCCCGUUCAGUCCAGGAUCCAUACCUACAAGCCCUGCGAUCAGGAGGCUAUCUGCAGGAUUUUACAAUCAUCAGCCGCACUACCAUGGCAAUCAGGCGAUAUUAUCCCGACCACUGUCCUCCUUGAGGGUGGACACGACCGCUUCACUCUCGAUGAUAGAAUCUUAUAGCCCAGAGACAGCACACCAUUCGUCCGAUGACAAUGCUAUCAACAGCUUGGAUCCAACUAACGACCCUGCUCAACCGCAGGAGAAUGAGAGCCGUGCGAGUCAGGAAAGCAGUGACUUUGUGGUGGAAUCAUUGAUCAAGACCCCGGAGAUACCCACCCGCAGCGAAUUUGAAGAGGAUCUGGGAUUUGUCUCCGACUCUGUCUUGGACUCGGCUUCGGAGAGUAUCGCAUGCAGUCGAAAUCUUAUUCAGCCCCCAGGAGCACUUGGAGAUUGGGAUAGGCAGCACGGGGAAGGAGAAGUGCUUUUGAAGCAUAAGGACGACGAAAUCGACCAACCUUUGGAUACUCAGAGGGAUGAACAGACGGUCAACGAAGCCAGUGAAGGAAACGUGGUGGCUACUCUCAAGAAAUUGGCGAUGGAACGUCCGCGACUCAGUCGGGAUCCACCAUUGAAAUCCAGGCAUAGAAGUUCCCACAACGUCUUCCGGUUGCAGGAAUACUCCAAUACGAGUCAGACUAGAAGCCAUAGUGCGAGUGACGCCCUUGGACUGGGAGUGGGCCUGGGACUUGACGUUGGCUCCGAGAACUCGCCGUCCCCGAGGGAGACACUCUCUCGACCAGAGCCAUCGUUUUUGUUCUCGCAUAAUAGUAAUAGGAGAGGUCUAGAUGAAGACGGCGCAGAUGACGACGGCGCCCAGGCGGAUGACGAUUCUGCGGUGGUGCCGCAGGGGCAGGGGGUUUCAGACAGACGGAAAAAGAGCAGGAAACCACCGCAACCGGAUGAUCAGGUUAUACCUGCAAGACGUAUGAGCUAUGGUCGGCGAGAAAGUGCCGAGGCAGGUUUUGCAGAAGACAAGGGAGGAGAUGGUGACGACGAAAGGUCUCCACAGGUGUCGCGUAAGGCGGGAUCAUAAGCAUGGGAUUGAACAGCUGUUUCGUCAGAACUGGAGCUCUUUGUAACACUAUAUUUUUAAUGAAGGUGCCGAGAUGCUAAAGAUAGUAUGUUGCAAACGUAGAAUUGGCCAUUCACUCUUCUUUUGAGAAUGAAGUCUGGCGUCUCUUAAUUCUGACGGGCAGACCUUCCAGCAUGGGCAUGGUCAAGGAGA